UCAAUUCAGAUGGGUGAGAUAAUUAUUAAUUCUUAAAAAUAAUCAAUUUUUCUAGAAAAAUAAAUAUAGAGAGAGACGGUAAUGGUUUAAACAAAUAGAAUCAGUUAACUGCUCUCUUAUCAAUAACUAAUAUCUACUAAUGCGUUAGAUUGUUGGAAACUUUUUUUCUGUUUCCCUUAUGGUGGCAGGUGCAGAAUUAUGAAUUAUUUCUGUUUCAACGAAACACUAAUGCAUAUAUUCUAUUGUAAAAUAAUCAUGUCAUCAAAUAAAUUCUUGAGAUAAUCAAAUAAAAUGGCUAUGAAAAUGUUUAAUUCACUAAAUGUGUAGUUUUGAAUUUAUUCUAUUGAGUAUUUUAUAUUAUUUUUUUCGUUUGUAAUUGUUUGACUUCAUCCGAUAUUUAUUACUUCUAGUAAAAACCGUGCAGAAUUUGUUCGACAUAAAGGUUACGAUGACAAUUUAGCUCAUGGUUUUAUAACAAUAAGUAUUAUACAUCAUCCACGAUUAGAAGAAAGUUUAGAUAAUACUCAAAAACGUGAACAAAUCAAAGUCCCAGAAACCAUUUUAAAUAAUUCAAGUGAACAAUUAAAAGAAAAAGAAAAAAAUGAAGAACAAUCAAGUCAAAUGAUCAAUGUUAAAAUAGGCAAUGAAACGCCGAAAAAUGCAACUGAUCACUCAUUUGAAGAUCAUACAUUUUCUGUGUCUAUUCUUUGCGAUUUUUGUAACAGAAAGAUUUGGAUGAAAGCAGGUCGCAAAUGUGCCAAUUGUCCAAUGAAUAUUCAUAAAAAAUGUGAAGCUGGCUGUAUGAUCGAAACAAAAUGUCCAUUGAUACGAACUGCCUCUAAAGUACAAAUAAAAACAGUAUCGGAUGAUGAUCUCAAACAUAUGGUUGUAAUAGAUGAACAAGAUGUAAAUAAUAAGACAAUAACACCCAAUGAACAUGAUGAUAGUACUGAAUUUUCACUAGAGAACAAAAAUAUCUCUGAACUUGCAUCCACACGAACACCAAAUACAACAAGAAAAAUUUCGACAACAGCUGCAGCAUACUUUUCAGCUGUUGAAUCACGCGUUUACAAUAAGUGGACGAAUAAAUUUACACGAACAAAUGAUCAACAUACAGCAUUAAAUUCGACUACUGCAUCACCGCCGCUUAUAUUAAAAAAUAAUGAAAACAGUAAUAAUAUAUCAUCUCCAUCAUCAUCACAAAAUCUUAUACACAACACGAACAUAUUGACUGAUAGUAGAAAUAGUUCAUCUUCAAGUUUAUCAUCAAUGAUACCACAACAACAACAAUCAAAACUAGCAAGUUUUUCAAAUUCAGCCUAUACAAAAUUUCUCGAUUUAAAACAAAAACGUCCAUCAUUAUCAACAUCAAUGUUACGAAAAUAUAGUGGCCAAAGAAUAAUAGAAACACAGAAAAAUUCAAUUAAUCAACCAGAAAAUAUAUCGAUAUCAGAUGUCAAAGACAUUAUUAUGAAAUGUUUGUCAGAUAGCAAUUCAAAUUUUAAAGACCUUGAAGAUUUAUUACAUGAGCGAUGUGUUGAUGAAACAACGUUAUAUGCAAGAGCAAAAGAAUUUGGUCCCGAAUUAUUUCCAGAAUUAAAUGUUAAUGAACGAAAACAAAAACUCGAUUCUGAGAUAACAAAGUUGCAGCAUGAAAUUAAUUUGCAAUGUCAAAUUCGUGAUGAAACAAUACGUGAUAAUGCAAAUGUAACAGAUGAGAAUGAAAAGAGAAAAAUCGAAUCUAAAGUGACUAAUAUUGAUGAAAAAAUUCAAGCACUAGCUGCAAUGGUAAUACUUUAUUGUUCCGGUCUAAAGUAUUGUUCUGAACAAACGGGAUCAAAUGAUAAUGAACAAGAAAUAGAUGAAACAGUAGUUGAAUUUGAGGAUACACAGUCACUGUUGGAUAAUAGCAUUGAAGAAAAAGAUGUAGAAAACCAAGACGAAGAAGAAGAAGAAGAAGAGGAGGAGCAGGAGGAGGAGGAAAGCAUCAUGAUAGCUGAAAGUGAGUUAAUUCGGUGUGAUGAUAAUGUUCCAAUAACGAAAGAUGAACAUAUAGAAAAACUAGAUACAUCUGUUGAUCAAGCAAAAAAACAAAUUAAAGAAUGGCUCAACAAACCGAUACGUGUAGCUAUUACUGAUGGACGAGUACUCGUUGGCAUUUUACUAUGUACUGAUCGUGAUCAAAAUAUUAUCUUAGGUAAUUGUAAUGAAUAUAUUGGAUGUCCAUGUGAUGAAGAAUUUCGUGUUUUGGGUUUGGCUCUUGUACCAGGUCAACAUAUUCAAUCAAUAUAUAUUGAUGAUACACAACAACAUAAUGAAAAUAAUGAUAAUCAUAGUAUUAAUCAUUCGAGAAAAACGACAACCGACUCAUCAAACAUAAAUGAGAAUUAUUAUGAUAAAUGA